UGGGGAUCAGCUCCUGGGAGCGGUUGGGGUUAUGGUUCUGGCUCUGCAGAGUCUCCAAGUGGAAGUGGUCAUGGCUUCGGAUUUGGCUUUGGAUCUGGAAGCGGUUCUGACCCGGGUUCAGGUUCAGGCCAGGGGUUCGGUGGCGGCGGCGGUGGAGCUGGUGAUAGCAAUGGAGCUUACAGGGGAGCUCAUGGCUUUGGAUUUGGUUUUGGUGGUGGUGGUGUUCCAGGCUCUUGGAGGAGGAGGUUUCCAUGGUCUGGAGGCGAUGAUGGAGAUGAUUGAACUGAAAUCUAUUUGUUUUUUGUUUACAGGGGACAUGCUAAUGAAGGAUGGAUGAUUGUGUAAAUUAUACUACGGAUGACAAAAUAACUUCGACCAUGUAGUAAUGAUAUCUGUUGCAUACUUUAUAGAGUUGGUGAUUAUGUAUCUUUAUGAAGGUUUAAAUCAUGUUUACCGUUUACUAAAUAGGACUUAUGGUUUGAUAUUGAUGUGAAAUAUUGAAAGCAUGCAUGGGCAAAUGGAUGUGCAUCUUGUGAUUA